GCGACUGCGCCUGCGCGGAUAGUCAUGCUGUCAACCAGGCGCCUGGGUCUGGUCUUGCUACCGCUGAUCCGUCUCCGGAGGUGGCCAGGGUUCCGGACCUGUCCAUUCCUGCGCUGCCUUGGGCAAGAGCCCUUCGAGAGAGCCCGGUUAUUGUGUUGCAAAUUCUCGCCUAGAGACGCGCGAGAUGAGGAAGGAGAGCGCGAGGCGGCACAGAGGAAAGCCCCAGACGCAAAGUCGCCUCCAUCUCUCCCUCCGCGCGUCCGGGGACUUGGGACCAGAUGUCUUUCGUCACUGGAAAGCCUCAGACUACCGACGCCGCUAAAGGAGUCACCCCCUCGAGAGCGCGAGGGCUCGAGUGAAGACCAGGGCCAGUCGGAUCCCGCACACCAGGGAUCCGAGGGUCCCUCACUGCCCGCCUUGGCCCGGUCUGCCACCAAGGAUGACGAACUUCAUGCCUCCUCUUCCUGGUCAACUACCCGAGAGGUGCCUUUUCGGGCUGGGGAGCUGAUUUUAGCUGAGACCGGGAAGAGAGAAACACAAUUUAAAAAAUUAUUUAGGUUGAGCAACGCCGGACACUUAAAUAGUAGCUGGGGGGCAGUCCCGUUCAGCGAGAUCGUGGGGAAGUUCCCCGGCCAGAUACUGAGGAGUUCCUCUGGUAAGCACUUCAUGCUGAGGAGGCCAGCAUUGGAAGACUAUGUAUUACUGAUGCAAAGAGGGCCUGCCAUAACAUGUCCUAAGGAUAUGAAUAUGAUACUGUCGAUGAUGAAUAUCCACCCAGGUGAUACUGUUUUGGAAGCUGGCUCGGGCUCUGGUGGAAUGAGCUUGUUUUUAUCCAAAGCAGUUGGAUCACAAGGACGAGUCAUAAGUUUUGAAAUUAGAAAAGACCACCAUGAACUGGCUAAGAAGAAUUACAAACACUGGCGUGAUUCAUGGAAAAUGAGUCAUGUAGAAGAGUGGCCAGACAACGUGGAUUUUAUUCAUAAGGAUAUUUUAGGAGCAACUGAAGACAUAAAAUCUUUAACAUUUGAUUCGGUAGCUUUGGAUAUGUUGAAUCCUCAAGUUGCUUUGCCUGUUUUAUACCCAAAUCUUAAACAGGGUGGUGUAUGUGCUGUAUAUCUAGCAAACAUCACACAGGUUAUUGAACUUUUAGAUGGAAUUCGCAUCUGUGAACUUGCCCUCUCAUGUGAAAAGAUAAGUGAAGUUAUUGUCAGAGAUUGGUUGGUUUGCCUUGCAAAACAGAAAAAUGGAAUUUUACCUCAAAAAGUGGAACCUAAAAUCAACAGAGAUUUGCAAUUACAUUCUCAAAAGAAAAUUAGAAUUGAAGGUGAGAUGUUUCGAGAAGAUGACCAUGAAGAAUCACAUUCUGAUUUUCCCUAUGGAUCAUUUCCCUAUAUUGCUAGACCUAUACACUGGCAAACUGGUCAUACAGAUCCUAAGGUCCAAGCAAAUCGAAGGCAAUUAUGGAGUUGAGGGUGGGGGAGUGCUACAAACUCCAUAGAAAGAGGAAUGAGUGAUAAAUCGAGCCUUGAGACUUGUGUUAAGAACGUUUUGCUACUUCCCGUCCACCUCAUCUGGGAGACAGCUGGAGGUCUCAUCUGCAUCUUUUUUUUUCCCCCC